GCUGAUCGAGGACUCUUCAGGGCGGACUCCUUUCUAGAUGCACCCAUCUCCACCCUCAACCCCACUCUUCUCUCUCGCGGUCGUCUAGGAGCACCAGGACCCAUUUCGGGGUCUUCUGUCUCCAGCGAGACCUACCAGUGCAGGCUUUAAAAGACAAGAAGGAGGCAGAGGAACAGCAAGAAGUAACCGCACUGGUAAGAGUCAUCAUAAAUGGCAGGACACCUCCAAGACGAGGCGACCAGCGCCGUAUUUGGCCGCGGAGGCCACAGGCACAAGCAUCCUCCGACCCACCGCCCGACUUCCCCGCCCCAACUGCCCGGCCGGGUCACAGUCACGUGACGGGGGAGCGGCGCGCGCCGGCGGCGGCGCGGAUUGGCUGGCGGCUGGAGCGCGGGGUUUGAUGGGAAGGAGUUGGCCGGGCCCAGAGCUCUGUCAGUGGCGGCUGCUGCCUGCUCCGGAGGCGUGCUGCGCGGCGGCGGCGCAAGCUGGCAGAGGUGGACGCCAGCGCCGGGCUUUGCCCGCUUCUCAAAGUUGUGAAUUCCUUUGGACAAUUGAUGUCAUUUGUUAUUGUGCCCAGUUUCUACAAAUAAAAGAUGGGUGGAUUAUUUUCUCGAUGGAGGACAAAACCUUCAACUGUAGAAGUUCUGGAAAAUAUAGAUAAGGAAAUUCAAGCAUUGGAAGAAUUUAGGGAAAAAAAUCAGAGAUUACAAAAAUUAUGGGUUGGAAGAUUAAUUCUCUACUCCUCAAUUCUCUAUCUGUUUACAUGUUUAAUUGUAUACUUGUGGUAUCUUCCCGAUGAAUUGACAGCAAGACUUGCCAUGACACUCCCAUUUUUUGCUUUCCCGUUAAUAAUCUGGAGCAUAAGAACAGUGCUUAUUUUCUUCUUUUCCAAGAGAACAGAAAGAAAUAAUGAAGCAUUGGAUGAUUUAAAAUCCCAGAAGAAAAAAAUCCUUGAAGAAGUCAUGGAAAAAGAAACUUAUAAAACGGCUAAAUUAAUUCUUGAAAGGUUUGAUCCAGACUCAAAGAAAGCAAAGGAGUUUGAGCCGCCAUCUGCUGGAGCAGCUGUAACUGCAAGACCUGGACAAGAGAUUCGUCAGCGCACUGCAGCUCAAAGAAACCUUUCUCCAACGCCAGCAAGCUCUAGCCAGGGCCCUCCUCCACAGGUUUCAGUAUCUCCUGGACCACCAAAGGACACUUCAGCCCCUGGUGGACCCCCAGAAAGAACUGUUACUCCAGCCCUGUCGUCAAAUGUGUUACCAAGACGUCUCGGAUCCCCUGCUACUUCAGUGCCUGGAAUGGGUCUUCAUCCUCCAGGCCCACCUUUAGCAAGACCCAUUCUCCCCAGAGAACGAGGUGCUUUGGAUAGAAUUGUUGAAUAUUUAGUUGGUGAUGGUCCGCAGAACAGGUAUGCCCUCAUAUGUCAGCAGUGUUUUUCUCAUAAUGGCAUGGCCUUGAAAGAAGAAUUUGAAUACAUUGCUUUUCGAUGUGCCUACUGUUUUUUCUUGAAUCCUGCAAGAAAAACCAGACCCCAGGCUCCGAGACUUCCAGAGUUUAGUUUUGAGAAGAGGCAGGCAGUGGAAGGCCCAAGUUCAGUUGGUCACUUGCCCUCAGGAAGUGUGAUUUCAUCAGAGAACCAGAUCAGUGAAGAAUCUUUAGAAGAACAAGAUGUUCUUGAUAACAGUACAGAGCAGACAGAUGACAAAAUAUCAGAUACAGAGCAGACAAGCCAAGUGACUGAAAAAGCAUCUGGCACAGAGGAACCGGAGAAGCAAGAAGAAACUGAGAAUGAGGGAACCUUGGUGAAAGAGGCCAAAUCAACAAUUCCCAGAGCUGAUUCUCUUCCUGAUUCUGAACUAAGUGGAGAAUCUUUGGUGACAAUGUAGUAAAUGCUUCCACGUGCCUUCAACUGGAUAUUUGUAGUCUUUUUUGAUGUCAGUGUUUGCUUUUUAGGUGGUGCAUUUUUCCCCCACUCUGAGGAUAUGCUUGAUAUCAUUUGAAUUCAGAUUGCCUGGCUGUUUCAAUAUGUCAGUUAUAUUUACUAGGUAUUAAAAUUAAAAGCAAGUGAUAUUAAUAAAGAAACUUUUGAAUGUACAAAGACCCACACUGUUUAGAGAACUUUUAGAUAUUUUUUCCAUUCUAAAAGUAAACAAACAUGAUAGCAUUCUUGUUUUCUAUAUGUGUGACCUGUAAAUAAUAUCCGUUUUGACAUAGGAAGAAUUUUGGUUAGGAAUAAGUUAUAAUAGUGUUUGUUUUAAGGAAUGAAACUCAAUUAAGAUUUUUAAUACUUCAUCAUUAAAAAUGGAUAGAAUUUUAACUCUUGGGAUAUUUGCCAGGGGGAAAAAUGUCUAUUUAGGCAUUUACAUUAAGCAGUAUGAAAAUUGUACCUGUAACUAUAUAGGCAUUGGUAUGAAUUCUUAGUAAGAAUGCAAUUGAACAGUCAAGUGCAGUGUUUCUUUUUGAUGUCAUUUUGCAGCUAGGCCAAAGGCACAUGAUGUAUAUAAUUAGCUUAUGUUUACAUAUGAACAUAUAGGAAAUAUCUCUGCACUUGACUGUACUUGAAUUCUGAGCAUUAUUUAUACUUGUAAAAUAAUGAUGAUAUUAUUAUAAGUGAAUUUUGUGUUCUUGUGUGUGUUUUGUUAAGGAAAAUAAAGAUGAUCUGGCAGCA